AUGGACAAGGAUUCGGAGGGAGAACAAGACAUCAGAGUGAAGGAAGUCAAAGCCAAAGAAGAAACGGCUACGUCGGCUGCUACCGCUAUUGAUGCCAUCAAUGAAAACGGACAUGGGCCCAUGUGCUUUUCGACUCUUGUUGUGGCGGGUAUACAGCCACUGCCGGGUGGAAAUAAUGAUCCAACAAGUCGCCAGACAAGUCAACCGGGGGCCAUUUACGUGGGGUCCAAUGGACUACUUCCCGGACAAUUGUUAUUGGAGGAAGAGAAUCCAGCCACCACCACGACGAGGGAAACUGUAACCAUGCAUUCUACCUCCGGCACACAGGACGACACCGAGGAGAGCUUGGCAGUGGCGAAUCUGGUAGACCAAGACGAGCAAGUGCAUCAAGCGUUCCCGGACCAUGAGAAUGCUCGAAAGAGAAGACGAGACAGCAACAAGAAACUCAAAACCAAUAUCCUGCUGGCAGCCAUUUUGCUCAUUGCCAUGGGGACGAUUGUCGUCACAGUCACCAUCUCGGCAUCCAAGAAGAAUACUGAUCCUGAUGAGGAGGUACCAACACUGCCCCCUUCCCAAGCUCCAACUUCUUUGGAGGGAUCCAUUCUCUCCUUGUUCUCCGACGAGACUAUAAGGGCCAUUGCUACUGAGGAUAGUACACCCCAAUCCAAGGCAUGGCAGUGGCUCUGGGAGGACCAGGACUCUCUGGUAUCCCACUCCAAUGAUCGCAUCAAGCAAAGGUUCGCCCUAGCCACCCUGUACUAUGCUACAGCAGGCAAUGACUGGAACAACAACACGAACUGGCUCAACCAUAGCAUACCUGAGUGCGAAUGGUACACCAAACCUGAUUUUGCCACAAAGGCAUUUACAUCCAGCCUAUACCCAGGUGUCCUUUCUGGUUUUCUAGAGCCAAUGCCAACCACAAAUUGCAACCAACAUGGCUUGUACCAACAUCUCUGGUUGGACCGAAACAAUCUUGUAGGGUCUCUGCCAGAAGAACUCUACAUCCUGACUUCCCUCCAAACACUGUCUGUCGGGUUCAAUGCCAUACAAGGCACAAUCUCCAGCCAGAUUGGAGCACUGACCGCAUUGGAAGGACUCGGUUUCGCUAGCAUGGGACACAACGGUAUCAUACCCUCGGAAAUUGGACUACUGAGCAACCUUCAAGUCUUUGCCAUUGAUGCCAAUGAUCAUCAUGGAAAUAUUCCAACAGACAUCUGGAGCUUGACCAACUUGAGGCAUUUGAGUUUCGGUGUGAACCCUCGGUUGCAGGGAACAAUCCCAUCGAGCGUCGGAAAGUUUCAAAGCCUAAGGUGGCUGUUGAUGGAUCGGUGUAAUAUCACAGGAACCAUCCCAUCAGAGAUUGGACAGCUAAGUAACCUUGAAAUGAUGACACUGACCGGUGACCGCGUGGCUGGCACCCUUCCAAGUGCCAUUGGACUUCUUCAGAAACUACGGAUUCUUUCUGUUUUCGGGAAUUUGCUGCACGGGACACUGCCCUCAGAAAUGGGACAAAUGUCAACAAUAUCCUUGCUCGGACUUGCCGGGAAUCAAUUCAGCGGCGCUCUGCCAAGCGAGUUUGGUCUUUUGACACAAAGUAGAGUCACUCUCAGCUUUCGCAACAAUGCUCUCUCAGGGACGAUUCCUACAGAGCUUGGGUUGUUGUCACAGCUUGCAGUGCUCGAGUUUCAGGGGAACCAGUUCACAGGUCGCAUUCCCAGCGAAUUUGGCAAACUGAGUUCCAUUGGCCGUCUAACGUUUGCCAACAACUCGCUUUCUGGGACUCUGCCAAAUGAGUUUUCAGCUCUUCAUCCAUCGCUCCACACAUUGGCAUUGGAAGGAAACCCUCUUUUGUCAGGGACCAUUCCAAAAGCAAUUUGCAACAUGAAUGCCACCUGUGCUGGCUCUGUAUUCUUGUUUGACCCCUGUGACAUGCAGCAGGGCCUGUCAUUUGACUGCACAGGAGUUUUGUGUGGUUGUGAUGAUGAGUGCUCGUGUUUUUAG